CAUUUAAAACACACACAUAAUCCAUAAUGGGUGUUCCAGCUGGUGAUGUUGAGAAGGGCAAGAAGCUGUUCGUGCAGCGUUGCGCUCAGUGCCACACCGUCGAGGCCGGUGGCAAGCACAAGGUGGGCCCCAACCUGCACGGUCUGAUCGGCCGCAAGACCGGACAGGCUGCCGGUUUUGCGUACACGGACGCCAACAAGGCCAAGGGCAUCACCUGGAACGAGGAUACUCUGUUCGAGUACCUGGAGAACCCCAAGAAGUACAUCCCCGGCACCAAGAUGAUCUUCGCCGGCCUGAAGAAGCCCAACGAGCGCGGUGACCUGAUCGCUUACCUGAAGUCUGCCACCAAGUAAGGUGCCACUUGCCACCUGGCCAGGGAGAUGUCUUACUGUAUUCAUUGUGUUCAGUCACAAUCCGGCAUAAGAACAGCAACAACUACAACAACAAAGUACAGACCUAAAAACUACACUUAUUUUAAUUAUAAAGUUUAAAUAGGACAAUUUAUUAUUUAAUUUAAAUAAAAAGUGGAAUAUUUAAUUUAAAACCGAUGAGAAUUGUGACAGCCACAAGAUAAAAAUUAAAUAAUAACAAAAAAAAUAACAAAA